AUGGCAGCUUUCCAUCCAGAAACGGGCAUUACUCAUCUUUGCCUGGACAACGAAGAAGAUCAAGCCACCCUCCUAAGAGUACUCCAGACCCCCUUUGAGCAGAUAUACAAGCUUUCGCCAGACGGAAAGACUUACCUGGAGCCGCCUCUGCUUCGAGGAACUCCGGAGAGCUCAUGGGAUUCGUUCAACGCCUUCCUGGAGAAGGAGGGUCCGGAAGCCGUACUGAAGCAAGAAGCACAAGCUCUUCAUCGGCUAGACCCUACAAAUGCGGUGCUGUUGAAGAAGCUCAAGCACUUAUCCGAUAACGCGAGCAAGUUUAAGAAGAUUCGAGAAAUCUUUGGAGAGGGCGGCAGAUACCACCCCAACCAGAUUAUUGGAAAGCGAUGUCUCCCUCCGCAAGGGCUGUGCCAAAUGGAGCCCAUGUAUAAGCUUGCCUGCAAGAUAUCCGACCUUCAAUGCUUGCAAAACCAGGGCAAACUUGGCAUGGAUCCAUUUGACUUUAUUAGGUGGCGAGUGAUCAAGAAAGCAGCGAGCAUGCUUGUCAUGCCCGGCGACACUCCGAGAGGCUUCCUUCGCUCAAUCGUCUACAGGCUCGGAGAUGACUGCAACGACACCAAGGGGAAAGCAUACGAAGAUACGGUAAUGAGACAGGCUGCCCUUCUGUCGGCUCGCGAGAGACAUCUCCUCAACAGCUAUGGCCCAAAGAAGAAGUUCAUCAAGAGCGUUGGGCGGCAGACGCAACUGCCCUUCAGACCCGUCAUCCGGAACGUCCAAAGACGGGCACCGAGACUGUUGAGUGCCGAUGUGCGUAACAGCGCUCAAAAGGCGUCGACAGCGCAGGCCAGACGCAACGAAGCGCAGCGAGCACAACGAGCCCGGCGCAAUGCAGCGCCCUCCAUCUAUACUGGCGUUAACGAUUAUCGAGCCAGGCAGCAGCAACGACAGCAGGCUCAGCAACGCGAGAACGAGCAAUAA